AACUCUUCUUACAUCAAACGUAAGAUCAAUUUCUCAUCAAGAAAAAUGCCCAAGAAAAUGAAAAUCCCUUCAAUUUUCAAGAACAAAGAAGCAAAACAACCAUGGCAAUCAUAUUGGCCCUUAUGCACCCACCCCAAAACCCUUUCUUUUCGAGCAAGCAACGAAGCUAUUUUCACGACGACUACUUUUCUCAGCUUCGAUACUACUAACUCCUUAGAAUGUAGUGUUGUUCACGAGGAUAAUGAAUCAUUGGAAGUGGUGGUCAAUGGCGUAAGAUUGUAUUCUUCGGAGAGGUUGUUUUUCGAGCCAGACGAGACGAGUUCGAUAGUUCAAAAUUAUAGUGAUCAAUGUAUUGAUCGUGGGUUGUUUGUAUUCAAGGAUAGCGUGGCUCUGGAAAUGGAAUCGGAUAAUCCUUAUUUGGAUUUCAAGAAAUCCAUGCAAGAAAUGGUGGAGAGGGAUCAAGCUAAUAAUAAUUUUUUGGUGAAGGAUAGUUGGGAUUACUUGGAAGAGUUGUUAGGGUGGUAUUUAAGGUUGAAUGUGAAGAUAAAUCAUCGUUUCAUCGUCGGAGCAUUUGUUGAUUUGCUCAAUGGACUUGCUCGGGAUAAAGGUACUACUAUGUGUUCUUCGGAAUCGACUUCGUAUUCGUCUGCUUCCUCUUCUUUCUGAUCUUCUCCCGAUUCCC